AUGGCAUGCUGCGUCUUCACGGCCUAUGUGAUGAACAGGAUCAUCAAGGCGUGCGAGCUGUUCGACGUAAAACUUCUGGAUAUCCAAUACAAUGAGUUCGAUGACGGCUUCAUCAGCUGGGAAGCCCCAGAGAAUGCUUCUAGAUUCAUCUCCACGCGCCUCACUAUCACCGGCAUGUUCUGUGGUGCUUGUGCCGGCACAAUUGAGAAGGCGCUUUCAGAUCUCGAAGGCGUUGAUCGUGCCACCGUUUCAUCCUCUCUGGAGAGAGCGACGGUGGUGCAUGAUGUUCUGAAGGUCUCAGCAAAGUCCCUGGUUGCCACGAUCGAGGACAUAGGCUAUGGCGCGGCGCUGGGAGAGCGGUCUGCGGAGCAGAAUCUGCAGUUACUUCAGCGAACUGAAGAAUUGUGUUCUUUGAGAUCCUCCUUUCAAGGAGCGGCUACCUUAUCAUCUGCAAUCGCUGGGAUUGAGCAGCUACGGGCAUUCUCUUCCAAGACCCCCUGGGGACGGCAUGGCAAUGGGAUAUUACAGCUAAUUGCCCUAUCUCUGGCGCUCUGGGUGCAGGUAUUCGACUCUCGCUGGAUUCACAGGUCUGCCUGGACCCGUGGGAGACAUGGGACCUUCACCAUGGAUACCUUGAUAUCACUCUCCCUGCUGCUUGGAAUGUCGCUGUCCAUGUUCAAUCUUACUUUGAGAGGACUCGAACGCGGUCAGACAUAUUUCACAUCCGGCUCGUUCCUGGCCACCAUCAUUACAGCGGGCAGAUACUUGGAUACUCUACUCAAGAAAAAGAACGUGACGAACUUUACAGCCUUGUACAAGAUGCAAGCUGAAGCGGCAUUGGUGAAAGUCCGAAAGGACGGUGCUUAUGUUCCCGCGGCUUUGCUUCGUCUACAGCAAGAAAUCGUGAUUGAGCAAAGUUCAAUCAUCCCCUGUGACUGCUAUGUCAUCGAAGGCACAUCAACCGUGGACGAAUCUAUCAUGACGGGCGAGGCUGUGCCCACAAGAAAAACCACCGGUGACUUUCUUCUCGCGGGAACGAGAAAUUUAUCCCACUCGCUUGUUGCCAUAGUAUACAAAGAACAACGGGAUUCGACUCUCGACCAGCUCAUUGACAGCAUAAGCAUGGCCACAGAGCAUAAAAUGGAUGGCCAAGAAGGUGUUGAGGCUAUCACUACCUACUUCGUUCUGGGCAUAUUAAUGUUGACAACCCUUGGUUUCUUCAGGGCCUUUUCUAGCAGUCAACAACACAUCACGCUUGCUUUAGUCGAUCGCAUCAAUCUCGCAAGCGAACGCGCCAUGGCAAUCCUUGCAGCUGCAUGUCCCUGUGCUCUGGGGCUCGCAACGCCUUCUGCAAUCAUGGCCGGAAUAGAUGCUGCAUGGUCAAAGGGGGUGCUCUUCCUCAACGGAGCACGCACAAUCGAAAACCUCAGCAAGCUCUCCCACAUUGUAAUGGACAAGACAGGAACCCUCACCGAAGGUCGACUAGCGAUCACUAGUGCUGACUUCGCUUCUCAAUUUACUUCACGGAAGCACCUGUGCUAUCGGCUGCUCUGUGCCGCAGAACGAGAAGAGGCACAAAACCACCCGGUGGGCAAGGUAGUCUUCCAAUGGGCUCUGACUCAAUUGGAAGAUGAGGACAGGCGCCUCCAGAGCUCAGUCCCAGUUCGAAAAUUGAACAGUACCCCUGGGAAAGGCAUUUCUUGCGAAGUCGAAGGGCCCUACACUGCAUGGCAUGAAGUCCACAUAGGCAACGCGAGCUUCCUCCUGGAAAACAACAUCUCAAUACCACCGCCGUCCCACAAAUCACCACCGACACUCGAGUCCGGCACAGCCGUGUACUUCGCGAUCAACAACCUCUUCGCCGGCAAGCUCCAACUACAAGACAUUAUCCGGCCCAACGCGCCCGCCGUGAUCUCCAAUCUCCGGUCUCUAGGCCUCAGCCUGUCCAUGCUCACAGGCGACACGGAAUCCGAAGCGCAGCGCGUAUCAUGCCAACUCUCCAUCCCAGUCCUCGCAUCGAAAUCCCUCCCCGCAGACAAACACACGCACAUCCUAGCCCUGCAAUCCAAGGGCGCUGUGGUUGCCAUGCUCGGCGACGGGAUCAACGAUGCUCCCGCGCAAGCCGCCGCGGACGUCGGCAUCCUGCUGUCCCUGUCGCGCAGCGCCAUCGCCGGCGCCGCGGAUGUCAUCGUCAUGAGUCCCGACCUCACGUGCGUGCCGAACAUCAUCGAGAUCGCGAGGAUCACCAAGUCCCACGCCAAGAGAAAUGUCGCUUGUGCGGCUAUGUAUAAUAUCGUGGCUGUUGGGCUGGCCAUGGGUGUGGCGGAGAGAUGGGGCGUUAGCAUCGAUGCGAGCACCGCCGGCACGAUGAUGGCGCUCAGUAGUCUGGGACUGCUCGCAAGUAGCCUGUGGCUGAGGAGGCGGUUGCAAUGA